GCAAGGACGGAUCUAGGUGGGAAGGUGGGCGGGCAGGUCGGCAGUUCCCAGGCCCAGCGCUCAGGCCUGGGAACUGUGGGCGACGGGGCGGAGCCCGGACGGGCCUGCCCAUCCGGAAGAGUUGGGCGUCCGGCCCGCCCCGCUGGGUGAGUAGGGAAGACAGCUGCUUCUUCCUUUUUCCUCUCUGGUCCCUAAGCAGGCCGGAGCUGCGAUUUGGGAAUGUCGAGAUCCGCUUAAGACUGAGGCAGACAUGGUGACAAGCUGGUCUGAGCAGAACCAGAACUGAGCUCAGCUGGGAGCACACCCUGGAGCAACCUGGAUUCCUCUGGGGGGUCCAGCAGCCGCAGGCAGCCAUGCACUGCCCAGUCACAUUCCUGCUCAUCGUCCUGGCCAGUGGGGCUGAGGCCUUUCGCAUCUGUGCCUUCAAUACCCAGCGGCUGACACUGGCCAAGGUAGCCAGGGAGCAAGUGAUGGACACCUUAGUUCAGAUCCUGGCUCGCUGUGACAUCAUGGUACUGCAGGAGGUGGUGGACUCUUCUGGCAGCGCCAUCCCCCUCCUGCUUCGAGAACUCAACCGAUUUGGUGGCUCCGGGCCUUACAAGUCCCUGAGUAGCCCCCUGCUGGGGCGCAGUACAUAUAUGGAGAAGUAUGUGUACGUCUAUCGGUCACACAAGACACAGGUCCUGAAUUACUACGUGUACAACGACAAGGAUGAUCUCUUUGCCCGGGAGCCCUUUGUGGCCCAGUUCACUUUGCCCAGCAAGGUCCUUCCUAGCCUGGUGCUGGUCCCGCUGCAUACUACUCCUAAGGCCGUAGAGAAGGAGCUGAACGCCCUAUACGACGUGUUUCUCCAUGUCUCCCAGCACUGGCAGAGCAAGGAUAUGAUCUUGCUCGGGGACUUCAAUGCUGAUUGUGCUUCACUGGCAAAAAAACGCCUGGAUGAGCUGGUACUGCGGACCGAGCCAGGCUUCCACUGGGUGAUUGCCGAUGGGGAAGACACCACAGUUCGGGCCAGCACCCACUGCGCCUACGACCGCAUUGUGCUGCAUGGGGAGCGCUGCCAGAGCCUGCUCCAGGCCGCUGCCACCUUUGACUUCCCCAGGAGCUUCCAGCUCACCGAGGAGGAGGCCCUCAACAUCAGUGACCACUACCCUGUGGAGGUGGAGCUGAGCCAGGCAGUGCACAGCGUCCAGCCCCUCAGCCUGGCUACUUUUGCUGCUGCCGUAGCUGCUGCUCUGUCAUUCCUGCCCACUCAGCUAAGCCCUGGGCCCUGAACCUCCCAGGGCCUGCUGCUGCCCAGAUAUGACACUGCCUUUAAGACUCUCAAACCUUGUCCUCCCCCAUCCAUCCUGCCCUGGGGCUGAAGCAACUCCUGAGAGCCUUCAACUGCAACCCUCCUCCACAUGACUGUAGCCUUCAUCUGCCUUUUGUUUGGUUUGGCUUUUGUUGUUCUUUGGUUGGGCUUGUGCCUGGUAUUAGGAAAGGAAGCCAGGGGCCCUGAGGCUGGACCCAUGCUGUCCCUACCCAGGUAGUGUUAGGAGUGGAUACAAAGCAGGCUCCAGGGCUGGGGGAGGGGCAGAGAGGGCCCAGGAGGCAUCUUAGCUAAACUCCUGCAAGGCUCAGAAAGGGGAAUAACGGAAGAGAUUUUAUAUGACAGAAUAGAAACUCAGAGAACAAAAAGCCAGAUUGGAAGGAUAUUUUGUUUGUAGCAGAUAUGCCAACAGGCUACCUUUAUGGUAUACAGGACUCACGAAUCAAUAGGAAAACAUUAAGACACUAGUAAAUAUUAAUAAAAGGAGAGAUAAGCAGUUACACACAAAAAAA